UUCCGGAGUCUGUCAUGGCUCAAAGGAAACCAUCUGGAGGCUGCUGCUGCCCCAAAGCUCCAAUCAACGAAGACAACGCUCGUUUCUUCCUGCUGGCCGGUCUCAUUUUUAUUUACUUGCUGUGCGGGGCUGCCAUCUUCUCCGCCCUGGAACACCCUUUUGAGCUGCGUGCUCGCCGCUUGUGGAGGCAGCAGCUGGACAACUUUACCCGGCGACACGGCGUCCACCCGAGGGCCCUGCACACUCUCCUUAGGCAGUAUGAGGAGGCCAAUGGAGCGGGGAUCAGAGUGGAUGCAUUGAGGCCUCGCUGGGACUUUUCCGGAGCUUUCUACUUUGUGGGCACCGUAGUCUCUACUAUUGGCUUUGGGAUGACCACACCCGUGACCAUAGCUGGAAAAAUCUUCCUAAUCUUUUACGGCCUCAUCGGCUGCGCGGCGACCAUCCUCUUCUUCAACCUUUUCUUGGAGAGGAUCAUCACCAUGCUGGCCUACAUCAUGCGCUGGUGCCACGAACGCCGGGUGCGCUGCGGCGGAGUCGGGGUCGAGUCCAGCAGUAGGCAGGAGGCAUCUGAGGAGGAGGACAGCCUGGAAGGAUGGAAGCCCUCCGUCUAUUAUGUGAUGCUGAUCUUAGGACUUGCCUCCAUAGUGAUCGCAUGCAGUGCUUCUACUCUGUUCUGCUCCAUGGAGAACUGGAGCUACGUGGACUCUUUGUAUUUCUGCUUUGUGGCUUUCAGCACUAUCGGCUUUGGGGACCUCGUGAGCAGCCAGAGAGCGCACUAUGAGUCUCAGGAGGCUUACCGGCUCGGGAACUGCCUCUUCAUCCUAAUGGGUGUAUGUUGCAUCUACUCGCUCUUCAACGUCAUCUCCAUUAUCAUCAAACAGACUCUUAACUGGAUCCUGGAGAAGCUUGUGUGUCCCGGAGACCAGCGUCUCUGCUCCUGCUCUGCAAGCGGACGCUGGUGGGUCUGCUGCCCCUGCCUGCACAACAAAAAACGCAACCAGAGGCGUCCGCUGGCCCGCCUAAGACAAAAACGUUUGAAACGAAACGCUGUCCGGCCGCUCUCCACACACUGCCAUGCGGGAAGGCCGCGCUACGCUGAUGGCUCGGUGGAGACGGUGUGCGACAGCGAGAUGGACGGCGUUGAGGCGGCGGACGAGAUGUACGUCGGCCGCCGCAUGUCGGGGGAAAUGAUCUCUGCCAAUGAGUUCAUGGUGUCCAAUAAGGUGUCUUUGGCACUGCUACAAAAGCAACUGAGCGAAACAGCUCACCAGGGACCGAGGCAGAGCCACGGACAUCAGAAUGGAUUCUCCAGGGGGGUGGGAGCUCUGGCCAUCAUGAAUAACCGCCUACAGGAAACCAGCGUGGACAGAUAGCAGCUUUUUUUCACAUUCUUCUUAAUAUGCUCUUAGCUUGCACAAUUGCACAUGGUAACUGUACACAAUUACAACUUUAUCAAGUAAUUCAGGUAUUUAUUAGAGAUAAAGUCAAGACCAGAGGUGUCCAAAGUGUGCCCACACUUUUUGAAUUCAAAUGUGUUUUUCACCUUUUUCAUCAAAGUGUUGGCACUUGCAACGUCCUUUGGCCUCAUGGUGGUGUAACGGCGGCUGUGUACGUUAGUAAACCUUGCUGCCUGACACCAGAAGGACGGCCUGGGCUUUUAGCUUGGAGUCCAUUUAGCGGACCCGGAUUGGCGGAACGGAAGCAGAGGUUCGACCAGGUAUGUUACAGUUGUGCCGUGACCCGGAUGGGAAUGAGGUUCAGGCGGUUGAGUGUAACUGAGGCCAGCCAGUGUGGCCGUGUCAAGUGUACGUCAUUAAACAUCUCUCCCUUAAACCUGAGGAGUUUGCGAUGGAAACUGAGCUGACAGCGUGACACUAAUGGGACUAGUGGAGCUAGGCGAUAGUCCCAGGUGAAACGGAAGCAGAGGCUCGACCACGUGGGUUACAGUGGUGCCGUGACCCGGAUGGGAGUGAGUUUUAGGCGGGUGAGUAUACUGGAGGCCAGUCAGUGCGGCUCUAUUAAGUCCUAGUAAACCUUCCCCCUUGACACCUUAAGAGCUUGCACAAGACACCGUGCUGACAGUUCGGUGCCCAGCUCACUCCUCACUCGUUCAGCGAACCCCAGGUUUCUGUUCCAGACAGAACGGAAGCAUGAGUUUGACCAGGUUGUUUACAGUGGUACCAUGACCCACAUCAGACUUAGGUUUAGGGGAAUGGGCAUAACAAAGGCCAGCCAGUACAUCUGUGUCAACUGUAAACCUCACUCCUUGACACCUUAAGACCUUGCUCUGAACACGGCAUACGUUCGGCGCAUCCCAGGUGGAACGGAUGCAGUGGCUAAACCAGGUGGGUUACAGUGGCUUAAUUUGCAGUCAAAAAAGUGCAGACAGAGUCAGCAACGUUGUUUAGGAACUCGAUUCUCGAUUUAUAUGGACUACUUUUUUUACAGGCAUAUUUGGCCGUAAGAUUUGGUGAAUGUUUUUGUAGAAAACUGAAUCAUUUCCACAAGGGGUAGAAAAUAAAAGGAUGGAUGGACAAUGUAAAAAACACAAAAUGGCCCUUAAAACUGUUGCGACAUCCCCGUUUGAGACAAUUGUUCACAGUUUGGUGUGAAGAGUAAAAACCGAGAAGCAACUUAAAGAAUUUAGUAUCACAGUGAAGAUAGGUUUGAUGUCCUGAAGUGAUUGGCUCAUACAAAAGCAAUCAGAUGAAAGCAGCGGUGAAGGAGCACUUGAUGUCAGACUGCUGAUUUAAGAGUGCAUGUGCACGCCCUCGGAGCGACUCAGCUUCUUUGGAAGAGGGUAACAAGAAAACAUGAAGGCACAAACAUAAAGAAAGUGCCUGCAUUGACUAUUUGGAGGAUUUUUUACCUUGACAAAAAACAUUUUAAUUUGCGGAUUGUUUGCAAAUGGUCCAUAUUAUCUCAACACAGUUCAAAUAAUCACGCAAGAGCUUUGUGGUGCUGGCUUUUGAGUGGAGCAUCAAUCAAACAUGCACCCCUAGAACAUGUCCUUCAGUCUUUAAGUGCGGUACAACGCCAGCAAAGGACAGAUAAAUAUUCAAAAAAGCUGUAGGAGAUUUUUGUCUAUGCAAGAAAUCCCAUUUUUAAAUCAAUGCUAGUAGCCACUUCAAUAUUCUUUAUUUUGGUUGAAAAUCAGUCAAUUCGAAACAUAUACACACAAAGUUGUCCACUGAGAUAAUACAACAUUAAUGCUGAUAAAAUGAGCCUAACCUGAUAAUUAUCCUUCCAGAUGAAGACAAUAAGGCAGCAAAUAAUUGCCCAUAUACAUUUCACAUGCUGGUACAUAUUUAGAUAUAUUUCUUGAAUAAUCAGUCAAAAUAGAAAACUUAAUCGUUAUUAGAAUAUAAUUGAGCUAAUGUUACUUUUCAAUAUUACACAUCUUAUAUAAAAGCCUAUUUUUGUAUGUGAAACUUUCAUAAUUUUUCACAAAUGUAUUCAUUUUUUGCUUUUCAUUAUCCCUCUAAUAUUCCUUUGUACAUGUUCUUAACACUUGAUUGUAUUCCAAACAUUAACAAUAAAGCUUACGGAGUAAUACUAACAAAAGUAAAAACAGAAAAUAAGUACAUUAUCUGUGUAAUUUAUUUUAUUCCUUCACAUUAUAAGUUUAUUUCCUCAUGACGAGAAUAUUUGUACAUUUCCACCAGCUCAGUAAAAUAGCACUAUUAGCAUUUACUACUGAAGUUUUGCCGAACAUGGAUGAAUCAAUUAGUACUUUUUCCAUCAAACAUAAACUUUAGAUUUGCCUACAUUGUUACAAAUACUCACGCUGUUAAAUCUCUAUUGCAAAAUGUAUGACUUCACAGUUGUUGAUAUUCAGUUUUACUGGUAUUUGUUUUGUAUCUUCUGUUCAAUGAUAAUGAGGCAGAAGUUUGUUGCUGGGUCCGUGUCGCUGAGUUAGGUCUUACAAAAUGUACAAAUAUAGAAUGUAUCAGGCUUUCCUACUUUUGCAUUGAGGUUGUUAUGACAAGGUGCUGCUUUAUUAGAAUGAUGUAAACAGACGCUGUUCACCAUCUCCCUUUUUUCUCCAUUUUAAACAAUAAAUAAAACAGUUAACUUUGACAAUAAUCACAAUCCUUUCAUGGAGAUAAUCCAGGCUACGUUCUCAGAAGCCACACGUUUCCUGAUUGGACAGAA